ACAUUGCCAAGAUCAUCCAAUUUUCUUGUCCCAAUGUCAAACUGUAGCAUUGUUGGUAAAGACGGGGAAGUCCCAUGUCUGCAUACGGAGAAGAUACUCCUUACUACAAGUCUGCUUGCGGAGAUGGGAUGGGCUCUAUUCCUGGCUAUGAGCUAGCCCUCAAUAGACCUCGGAAUAUGUAUCGGCCAUGACUUUUACCGGAACCCGACAGCGACACCCCCAAAUUUCUAACGGCUAGUAGUGCUCCCCAAGCUCGGUUGAAUUGAUUUCCCUGGCCCUCCACCUCCACAAAUACCCCAGAUGGUACCCACUCCUCCUCCACUUGUGAUGCGCCAAGUCCAGGUGCAAGCACCGUGCAGGUCUUGGAGAGCAUACGGCGUCGACACAGGCUAUCAAAUGAGCAAGUAUAGAUACUUCAUCGUUGCCCAUGAUCUGAUAUCCAAGGACCAUCGUUUGCCAAACCAUUCAUGUUCCUUUUUCAUCGUUUCAAGGUGAUACAAACAGAAUGGCAACGACAAUGGCAGCGCCUCCACAGACGACGACUACGACGACCGUCACAAGUAGCACGGAGAAUCUCAAUGAUCCGGUUCCAGGGUCUUCGGCCAAUGAAGCCCCUGUCCGUUCUUACAAGACGGCAUGGUUGUAUCUUUUUGAUUGGUAUCCAAGUCAUUACAGCAAGGAAGAGAAGAAGAUGUUGAGAAAGUUAGAUGCGUUUCUGCUCACUUUUUGCUCUAUUGCCUUUUUCUUGAAGUGGCUUGACUCGUCCAACAUCAACAAUGCCUAUGUGUCUGGUAUGAAAGAGGACUUGAAGUUGAAUGGCAACCAAUACUCCCUCUUCGGCACUUUCUACAAUGUUGGAUAUUUGAUCUGUCAAGUUCCCUCGAUGAUGAUUCUCUCCCGGCCAAAGCUUGCACCAUUCUACAUCCCCACCAUGGAAGUUUUGUGGUCUGUCUUAACCUUCGCCCAGGCCAGACUCGACAGCGCGCAAACAAUUUACGGGACAAGAUUUCUUCUCGGUGUUCUCGAAACACCAGUUGCAUCUGGAUCCCUCUACAUCAUGUCUUCGUGGUACCGACCUGAGGAGCUCUUCAAGCGCGCAGGCGUCUGGUAUAUCUCCAACAACCUUGCUGUUAUGUUUGGUGGCUAUCUGCAAGCUGCUGCCUACAACAACUUAGAUGGAGUCGGGGGUAUGGCAGGUUGGAGAUGGUUGUUUAUUAUUGAUGGGUGCAUCAGUCUGCCGCUCUCCAUCGCUGGUUACUUCAUGUUCCCUGGACUUCCUGCAAGUCGCAAACCAUGGUGGUUAACUGAGGAGCAACAUCUUCUAGCCAGACGCCGAAUGCGCGAUGCGGGUGUGCAGGAGAGUAAGAAUUUAAGUUGGAAGCUUGUCAAGAGGGUUUUUUCGACCUGGCAUUUCUACCUUGCUGUUCUCUGCUAUACCUUCUUCCUGUCAUCAUCGUACCCAACUGGACAGAUGGCGCUGUGGCUAAAGUACGAAGCUGCACAUGGCGGUCAUCCCUGGACGAUUCCGCAGAUCAACACUAUCCCAACGGCAGUUUCCGCUGUCUCUGUCGUAGUGACAAUUCUGGCGACUUCCCUGUGCAUGGUCUACCCACUUUGGACCGUCAUGACUGUCGUCCAAGGAUGUACACUCUUUUCGAUCGUGGUUCUACUUGUCUGGAAUGUACCAAUUGGUAUUCACUUUUUCGCGUAUUUCCUACUGGGAUUUACCGCUGCCGUAACGCCUAUCCUGAUCCCAUGGGUCAACAUCAUCAUGAAAGAUGACGCUGAAGCGCGAGCAUUCACAACGGGAGCAAUGUUGACAUUUGGAUGGGGAAUCUAUUCUUUCUAUCCCAUUGCAGUUUUCCCUGUUCUCGAAGCACCAAGAUGGAAGAAGGGUUACGCGGUGGAAGUAGUCUUCGUGUCUAUGGUGUACAUUCUGUUUAUUCUGGGACAGUAUCUCCAGAGACGUGAUGAGAAGAAAAAUGGUGCUGCGGUUAUGGUUGUAGAUGAGGAGAAGCUUGGUGAUGACUCUACCCAUAUCGAGAAGUCUUGAAUAGACAGGAUUUCAUACCGAAUAAUGAAGUUCACGUAUAAUUCAUGGAAUAUAGGCCCAUUUAUUGUUCACUGUCUGUCAUCAGCAGUAGUUCCACAG